AGUGAAAGAAGAGGAAGAGAAAGAGGGGAGAUGACUGUCACAGUGAAAGAAGAGGAAGACGUUUUUGAAAUGAAGGAAGUGGGGGAGAUUACUGUCACAUUGGAAGAAGAAGAAGAGGAGACAGGAGAUCUGAUUAACAACAGAGAGAGACCAGACUCUCCAUCUGACAGCAGAAAGAGUCCUUCAGGGGAACCAGACCCUGAGACCCCAGCGAGGCAACACCACUGCUCCCAGUGUAAUAUGAGUUUUAAGUGGUUAUGGAAGCUGAAAGAGCAUGAAAGGAAACACACUGGAGAAAAGCCCUUCCAAUGCUCCCAGUGUGGAAAUAGAUUCUCGCGAGCACAUGACCUAAAAUCACAUGAGAGGACACACACAGGGGAAAAACCACACAAUUGUUCCCAGUGUGGAAAGCUUUUUUCCCAUUUAGGGAACCUGAACAAACAUAAGCGAAUACACUCUGGAGAGAAGCCUUACCCCUGUUCCCAUUGUGGAAAGAAUUUUAGGUCUUCAGAUAACCUGAAAGCGCAUGAGAGGACACACACAGGGGAAAAACCUUACCAUUGCUCCCUUUGUGGAAAGGAUUUUACCAAGUUAAGGAACCUAAAAGAGCAUGAGAGGAAACACACAGGAGAAAAGCCUUACGAAUGCUCCCAGUGUGGAAAGAGUUUUUCUCAUAUAGGGAACCUGAACAAACACAAGAGAGUACACUCUGGAGAGAAGCCUUACCCCUGUUCCCAUUGUGGAAAGAAUUUUAGGUCUUCCGAUAACCUGAAAGCGCAUGAAAGGACACACACAGGGGAAAAACCUUACCAUUGUGCCCUGUGUGGAAAGGAUUUUACCAAGUUAGGGAACCUAAAAGAGCACGAGAGGAAACACACAGGAGAAAAGCCUUACCACUGCUCCCAGUGUGGAGAGAGAUUUUCAAGGUCACUAUACCUUAAAACACACGAGAGGACACAUACAGGAGAAAAGCCUUACCACUGCUCCAAUUGUGGAAAGAGAUUUUCAACAUCAUCGGACCUAAAAAAGCACCAGAGGACACACACAAGGGAGAAAUCUUACCAUUGCUCUCAAUGUGGAAAUAGUUUCUUACGAUCACAUGACCUAAAAUCGCAUGAGCUGACACACACAGGGGAAAAACCACAUAGUUGCUCCCAGUGUGGAAAGUGUUUUUUGUAUUUAGGGAACCUGAACAAACAUAAGAAAAUACACUCUGGAGAGAAGCCUUACCCCUGUUCCCAUUGUGGAAAAUUAUUUAGGUCAUUAGAUAACAUGAAGGAGCAUGAGAGGACACACACAGGGGAGAAGCUUUACCAUUGCGCCCUGUGUGGAAAGAGAUAUUCACGAUCACAUGACCUAAAAUUACAUAAAAGGAAACACACAGGGGAAGAAAACGCACAAUUACACCCACAGGGGAUAAACCACACAGUUGGUCCCAGUGAGGAAAGAAUCUAACGCAGUUAGAGAACCUCUUCCCAGUGAGGAAAUACAUUGUCCCGGUCACAUGACCUAAAAUCACAUCAAACCAAACUAUAUUUAUACAGCACCUUUCAGACAUGGAAUGCAACACAAUGGGCUUCACAGGAAGAAAAUGAUGGGGGGAAAAAACUGAAAUAUUUACGACUCAACAAACAUAAGAUUUUUUUUUUUUAACUAAACAUUAACAAUAAAAACGGCACAACUAAAAAGCACCCUGAGGAAAAGAAAAGCUAAAAAUGUAUUUUAAAAUCUCUUUUAGAAAUGUCCACAGUUUCAGCUCCACUCAGGUUCUCUGACAGACUAUACUAUACUAUUCCAGAGUCUGGGGGCAUAGUAACUAACAUUUACAUUUAAGUCAUUUAGCAGACGCUCUUAUCCAGAGCGACUUACAAAUUGCUGGGGGCAUAGUAACUAAAGGCUGCCUCUCCAUGCCUCUUGAUCCCCCUCAGGUUCUCUGACAGACUAUACUAUACUAUUCCAGAGGCUGGGGGCAUAGUAACUAAAGGCUGCCUCUCCAUGCCUCUUGGUCCCCCUCAGGUUCUCUGACAGACUAUACUAUACUAUUCCAGAGGCUGGGGGCAUAGUAACUAAAGGCUGCCUCUCCAUGCCUCUUGGUCCCCCUCAGGUUCUCUGACAGACUAUACUAUACUAUUCCAGAGGCUGGGGGCAUAGUAACUAAAGACUAGGGGCAUAGUAACUAAAGGCUGCCUCUCCAUGCCUCUUGAUCCCCCGCAGGUUCUCUGACAGACUAUACUAUACUAUUCCAGAGGCUGGGGGCAUAGUAACUAAAGGCUGCCUCUCCAUGCCUCUUGGUCCCCCUCAGGUUCUCUGACAUACUAUACUAUUCCAGAGGCUGGGGGCAUAGUAACUAAAGGCUGCCUCUCCAUGCCUCUUGGUCCCCCUCAGGUUCUCUGGCUGGCUAGUCCAGAGUCUGGGGGCAUAGUAACUAAAGGCUGCCUCUCCAUGCCUCUUGGUCCCCCUCAGGUUCUCUGACAGACUAUACUAUACUAUUCCAGAGGCUGGGGGUAUAGUAACUAAAGACUGGGGGCAUAGUAACUAAAGACUGCCUCUCCAUGCCUCCUGGUCCCCCUCAGGUUCUCUGACAGACUAUACUAUACUAUUCCAGAGGCUGGGGGCAUAGUAACUAAAGGCUGUCGGUCUCUUCAGACAGGAACUGCUUUUUUAUUAUUGAUGACUAUUGAAUGACCUCUGAAGGUACAUUUUAAAGGUAUCCCAAACAAUAAGGGGAUUUGCUGAACCUAUAUUGUACAGGAAAUAUUCAGUUAUAAUGAUUUUGUCUUAGUUAAUAAUAAAUUGUCAUCCAGUAAAUAUUGGUAUUGGAUUAAAAUGUCCAAAAUGUACAUUUUAAUAAAUAAUAAAUUGUCUUCCAGUAAACUUUGAUUAAAAUGACCAACAUCCCUGUCCACAUGGAAACUCUAUAAGAAUUAUGUGACGGCCAAUUAGAGGAUGGGCUGAUCGCUGAUCGCAUUCUUUCAGGGGUUUUUAGUCUCUAAAUAUCAAUGGGCUGAUCGCAUUCUUUCAGGGGUUUUUAGUCUCUAAAUAUCAAUGGGCUGAUCGCAUUCUUUCAGGGGUUUUUAGUCUCUAAAUAUCAAUGGGCUGAUCGCAUUCUUUCAGGGGUUUUUAGUCUCUAAAUAUCAAUGGGCUGAUCGCAUUCUUUCAGGGGUUUUUAGUCUCUAAAUAUCAAUGGGCUGAUCGCAUUCUUUCAGGGGUUUUUAGUCUCUAAAUAUCAAUGGGCUGAUCGCAUUGU